AUGCACAUCUGAUAUGAACUCGCGGGCCAAAUAUAAUUACACCGCGGGGCAAAUUUGGCCCGCGGGCCAGAGUUUGACACCCCUGGUCUGGUCUAAACCUUGGCUUGAUGUUUGAGUGAUUUUUUCAUACGCUGCCAGCAGGUGGAGGCCUGAAACAUUACUGUGAUCACAACAGCAUAUUUCUCUAAAGAACAAGAAACAACCCUGGGCCCAAGAAAAUGGAUUUGUCUGCAAAAAUCCCAGAUCUUCCCAGUGGUCCAUUAGAUGUGUACAGAAAAAUGGCAUCCUUCAACUGGAAGGAAAUGCUGAGGUUCAUGGAUGGUGAGGAAAUGAUUGCUUUCAAGCAGCACAUUUUCCACACCCUAGAGAACGACCCGCUCUUUGCCAGGCAACCGGGUGAGGAUAUCUCGCUCGACCGGAGGAGAGAGCUUACUUUUCGCCGCUGCAAACAGCUGUUUAAGUACAACUUCCUGGACCAGGAUGAGAUGAUGCAGAAUCCGUGGAAGGUAACGGUCCUCAACGACUGUCUGGGCAUGUACGAUUGGUCCUUAGGGGCCAAGUUCUUCCUCAACAAAGGGAUGUUUGCACGUACAAUGGGUAGCUCUGGAUCUCAGAGGCACUUCAAAUUUGUGCAGGAUACAGAAGAUAUGAAGAUUUAUGGCUGUUUUGCACUGACAGAACUGAGCCAUGGCAGCAACACAAGGCUCAUGAGGACAACAGCUAAAUAUGACCCUAGCAGCCAGGAGUUUGUAAUAAACUCCCCAGACUUUGAGGCAGCAAAAUUCUGGGUUGGAAACUUAGGGAAAACUGCCACCCAUGCUGUUGUGUUUGCCCAGUUGUACACACCUGAUGGAGUCUGUCAUGGCCUGCACUCAUUUGUGGUUCAGGUUAGGGAUCCCAAAACAUUACUGGCAAUGCCAGGGGUAAUGGUUGGAGACAUGGGAAAGAAAUUGGGCCAAAAUGGGCUAGACAACGGUUUUGCAGUUUUCCACAAUGUGAGGAUCCCUCGGGAAAAUCUGCUCAACAAAACUGGAGAUGUGACGCCAGACGGACAAUACGUGACCCCUUUUAAGGACCCUAAUAAACGCUUUGGGGCAUCACUAGGUGCUUUGUCUGGUGGAAGAGUGUCCAUAACUAGAAUGGCAGUGGUUAAUCUGAAGUUGGCCUUGACGAUCGCUGUGCGGUUCUCAGCCACACGACGUCAGUUUGGGCCUAAAGACGACGAGGAGAUCCCGGUAUUGGAGUACCAGCUACAGCAAUGGCGGCUUCUACCAUAUGUAGCAGCAGUCUAUGCACUGGACCUGUUCUCCAAAUCCUUUUUCAUGAACUUUGUGGAGUUUCAGAUUGGUCUCUUGAUGAAGGACAGUAGUGACAGACAGGCUGAGCUAGGUAGAGAGAUUCAUGCCAUGUCGUGCUCCAGUAAGCCUCUGGGUUCUUGGACAGCUCAGCGGGGCAUUCAGGAAUGCCGUGAAGCCUGUGGAGGGCAUGGAUACCUGGCCAUGAACCGCCUCGGAGACAUCCGUGAUGACAAUGACCCGAACUGCACAUACGAGGGAGACAACAAUGUUCUUCUACAACAAACUAGCAAUUAUUUGCUUAGCCUGCUCCAGCACCAGCAGCAAGGCAAAGGAAGAAUUGAAUCUCCCCUUGAGACAGUGAACUUCCUGUACAACUGGAAAAGAAUUCUGGAAAGCAGCAGGUUCACAGCUGCCUCAGUAGAGGAGUGCAUGGACUCAGCAGUGCCUCUGGCAGCGUAUAAGUGGCUGGUGUGCUUCUUGCUGCGGGAGAGUCAGAGAAAGCUGAGUGCGCAGAAAGCUCUGGGGUUGGGAGACUUUGAGGCACGCAACAACAGCCAGGUGUAUUACUGUCGCUCAUUGGCAAUAGCCUACAUUGAGCACACGGUUCUGCAGCGCUUUCAUGACAUGGCUAGGGAUGAUCAAGCUCCACCAAGUGUCCGAUCAGUUCUGAGGAAGAUGUGUGCUCUCUAUGGCCUCUGGACGCUCACCAACCACAUGGCCAUUCUCUAUCAAGGAGGCUAUAUGUGUGGAAAAGAGCCAGCUGACUUCAUGCAGAAUGCUAUCCUCAGUCUCUGUAGACAGCUCAAGGAUGAUGCUGUGGCUUUGGUUGAUGUAAUUGCUCCUCCUGACUUUAUUCUGAACUCACCCAUUGGCAACGCUGAUGGUGAGCUCUACAAGAACUUGUGGGCUGCUGUCAUGCAGGGAAAGAACGUUCUGGAACGUCCAUCUUGGUGGGCGGAGUUUUGUUCUGACAAGCCGGUAGUGGGAUCCCUCCGAGCCAAGCUCUAAUGAGCAGGUCUGUUGUGUACUGGUUCAAUCUUGGCAAAUUUCCAGAGCAAAUAUUAAAAGGAAAAAUCUUUCUCCUCUAGUUAAAUUUCACUCACACGAUCAAAGAACUAUGACAUUAGAUCUGGAUUAAAACAUGAGGAUGAUGAUGAUGAUGAUAACAGUAAGAAUAAUGCAUUGAUUUUGCCUUCUAAUAAAACUUACUGUAGAAUGUUUACUUCAGAUAAGUAGUUAGGACGAUUGAUGGAUUUUAUCAUGUUUGUAAUUAUAUAUAAAAUUAUAUAAUUUAACAUUAUAUAAAAGGAUCUAAUAUGAUCAGUAGUGCAAUAGCUUUAGCUAUAAAAGAAACACAUUUGUGUCAUAUAAUUACGCUUAUCUUAAUAUUACAAAUAUUUAUUAUUAUAGUAAUUAUUAUUAUAAAUUGUUCUAAUCAACAGUUACUAGACCAUUACUUUAUCGUUUGAUUUAUUUUAACUGUUUCUGUAAUUUGCUGUACAAUUAUAUUUUGAUAUUGAUAAAAAUGGUUUGAAAUAUCAGUUUGAUUUACAGUUUUGACUUGACAUUAUUAGAUAAAUAUUACAAACCCUUUGCAAAUGUUCUGUGGAAUGGUAUUUUGUUCAGUAUAUUGUUCUAAUUUAACCUAUAAAAUUAACUUUAUUCCAUGAACAGGUAAAACUCUAUAACAAUGCUCAAGUUAAAAGUAAAGUCACAUCUGUGUUUCACCUUCCACGUUUAAGACUGCAGCUCCACAGAGAUUUAUAAAGAUUUAUGGUUUUCCUUCUUCAAUUACAAGUUGUGUUAAAUGAGGUAGAAUACUAAACACUUCAGUGCUCCAUCAUUCCUGAAUUCACAUCCACAUCCUGAAUGAAACCUUUCAAGUAUUUUAGCAACCGACUCAACAGCACAUUUUCUUUUCCAUAGUCUAGGGUUUUUAGAUGUAGUGCAGUUGUUGGAUUCCUGAGCCAACACCUGGCUGACAAUCAGCCCUAAAACUAUCACAUAAAAAAGGUUUUUCUACUAGUGAUGGUUUUAAGAAAUUUGUUUACUUAUUUAAUUUGCCAUUAAUUUGUUUAAUCUUAUACGUGAGACAAAUCUAAGUUAACAUUCGUUUUGUUAGGGGAAAAAAACCUACUAAAACAAUUUUAGCACAAAAAAUGUCCAAAUGUGUCAUGUUUAUUGCCACCUAGAGAAAUCCUUGUGAGUGAAACAUGUUCCCAUUUAUAUGAGGUAUUAAAAAAUGGCUGAGAUAUAAACAAUGUAGCAGCAAAAAGAUAUUGGAAAGAUAAAAGAAUCUACAAAUGAAGUGAGAAUGAAAUGAAACUAUGUUGACAAUUGUAAAAUAGCCACAAUAUCAAUUCUUGAAAAUUUAAACUCUCAGGUCAAUAAUUAAGUUUGAAAUAACAGGAAAUGUAAUUAACCUGGCUGGAAGAAGACGUAAGUGUCUUUUGUUCCCACCCACAGUGAGGAGUGUCAUUGGACAUGUCUCGCAUAGACUUUAAAACUAUGAUUAAACACCACCUCCAUCCCAAAAUAUAUUAAACGGCAUAUCAGAAGAAAGCUAACCGCAAACAUAAGUUACUGGAGUACCUUGAUAUUGGUCUGUCUCUGUUCAUAUUCUAUAUAUUUUCUUCUCUGAUUCCAUUUCUCCUUCCAUUGUAUUGUACCGUCUCCCAUGGUGUGUGUUUAUGUAUGUGUCUACAUUCCACACAUUCAUGUGAAGGCUCUAGAGAUGAUCCUGGACAACCUAGUUCGCUUCAUAGCCAAGUGUGUGUUUUUGUUUCAGGAGGAGAUUAGCUUACUUGAAGUAACACUCCUCCGCUGACACACACACACAGUACUGAACUGAACUGUCCACAAUGAUUUCACAGCAAGCUUAUUUGGAAAGCCCCUUAGGGUUUGUGAUGGAGGUCAGCUUAGGAUUUAAAUCAUAGUGGUUUAGCUUUUGUGUAUUUGAUUGUUUCCAGUACACAGAAUAAAAUAUGUGUGUAAAUAUG